AUGAGUCGCAGACGACCUUUGGAUGAAGAGAGUAAUGAGUACACUCAUGGUGAUGACAGACCGCGAAAACGCCGCAGAAAUGAGUUUGAAUCGGAAGAAGGGCUCGAAUCACGUCUCGAGUCACUUAUCAUCCGAAUCGGCGAAAAGAGCACGUCAUCCAUUGAGACCAACAUUGAAGGAUUGGCUAAAGUCUUGACCGCAGACUUAGACAACUCGAAGACCAAAAUCAUUCAAAUCAUCUGCGAAUGUGUGGCCAAAUAUCCGGAGAAGACAUGCAUUUAUUCAACUCUUAUCGGACUCUUGAACGCAAAGAACUAUAGCAUCGGAGGA